UUCUUUUUUCUCACUAUGCCCCUCUAAUCCCGCAAUUUAUCGAACAUCAUCUCUCUCCAACUUUUCUCCGUUCGUCAGUCACCAUAAGUCACGCUGCUCUACUGUCGUUAUUACAUUAAUUAUUUUGAUGGCGUCUUCAAGUAAGAAAAUUAAAGUUGAUAAAGAUUAUAAGUGUUCAUUGUGUACAAGUAGUUUUGAUAAACAAUGGCAACUAAAUGCCCAUAUAAAUAAAGUCCAUUCUGAAAACACAUUCUGUUGUGAUGUUGAGGGGUGUGAAAAGUCAUUUAGAACCGCAGAUGAAUUACGACGUCAUAAGUUGAGCCAUAUUAAUGAACGACAGUUUAUUUGUGACUUCCCAGAAUGUGGUGCUUCAUUCAAUUACAAAAAUGUUUUAGAACAACAUAAAUUAAACCAUGAAACUGAACGACAGUUUAUUUGUGACUUCCCAGAAUGUGGUGCUUCAUUCAACCGACAUGAUCAUUUAGAACGACAUCAAUUGAGCCAUAUUAAUGAACGACAAUUUAUUUGUGACUUUCCAAACUGUGGUGCUUCAUUCAACCGACAUGAUUAUUUACAACAACAUAGCUUAGUUCAUAAUGAGUCCCGACCUUUCGAAUGCAACGUUUGUGGUGCUGGUUUCAAACGAAUAGGUGGUUUAGACAAUCAUUUAUCUGAUUCAUUGAAAUGUGGUGCAAAGUUCACACUCAUAGACAGUCAAUCCCCCCUCAAUUCUCAAGAUCCUGCUGCAUUGCGAGUGAAGAGUGACAUUAACAUUAUUCGUGGUACUAGAUUCAUACCUCGAAAGUGGUUCGUCUACUUUGUUUUAUGCAUUCCCAUCGAAGAUAUCACAGAGAACUUCUCGAUAACAGAAUAUAUUGCUAAAAUUGACAAGGAGAAAGACGCACAAGGAAAGUGGAGGGAGUUGUUAUUGUAUAUAGGAAAGUGCAAUAGAUCAAGAGCUAGUCGUUAUCACAGUCACGCAAUUCUGUCUCAAUUUUCGAGCAUCGGAAAAAAAUUAUUAGCCAAAACGCACGCCUGUUUUACAGUAUAUACGAUUGAAUGUGACAGUGAAAGUCAAACCGCAAGACGAGAAAGUUCACUGCAGUCUUACUUGUGUAUGAAACGAGGGGCUGCUAAUCAACCUGACGGCCUGAAAUUUGUUCCUGGAUGGAUUAAUUCAUCGAAAGACCCUUUGGCUGAUUUAUCAGAAGAAGAGGAAAAACAACUCAUUAAUCUCACCGCAUUCCAAAACCGAGGACCGAUUUGUACAACUUUAGGUUGUGAAAGUCAGCACUUCCUUUCCGAGAAGGUGCUGAAUAGUUUGGGGGUGGAAGAUUUUUGGUUCCGGGGACUUGUCCACAUUGAUGAUAGCAACGUAACACGAGUAGAAUUGCCAAAAGAAGGAGAGGAGGAAGUGAAUGAUGAGGUGGAGGAGUUGGAGAGAGAAGAACAAAGGGAUGUGGAGAAUAUUCGAACGUUAUUUCGUUAAGAACUCCCCUCUGUGAAAAUAUAUAAAUAUUAUAAAUUAUUAUUGUAUUAUCAUGUUCCGGAAUCCGAAAGUCG